AUGAACGCCGAGGAGCAGUACUACGCUGCCACCCAACUCUACAAGGAGUCGUGCGUGUUUCAGAGGUGCCAGGUGCAGGAUUACAGUCCCAGCCCCCCAGCGUGUCUGUACAUGGGGCGCCAGCCUCCGCAGCAGCCGCAACCCCCUUACCCAGGGGCCCUAAGCGCCCUGGAGCAGGGCAGCCCUCCCGACAUUUCCCCUUAUGAGGUUCCCCCUAUCACAGAGGAUCCAGGGGUCUCCCACCUCCAUCUUCACCAUCCCUCUCAGCUUCCUCACCCGCACCAGCAAACUGUCCCCUUCGCAGAUGGGAUUGAGUCCGGGACUCUGGAGGAGCCCAGCAGAAUUCAGCUGCCUUUCCCGUGGAUGAAAUCGACCAAGUCUCAUGCAUGGAAAGGGCAAUGGACUGGCGGCUCUUACGUGGUGGAGCCGGAGGAGAACAAGCGCACGCGGACCGCUUAUACGAGGGCGCAGCUGCUAGAGUUGGAGAAAGAGUUUCUUUUUAACAAAUACAUCUCUCGGCCUCGCCGGGUGGAACUGGCGGUCAUGCUGAACCUAACCGAACGACACAUCAAGAUCUGGUUCCAGAACCGCCGCAUGAAGUGGAAGAAAGAAGAGGACAAGAAGCGAGGUGGGGUGACCGGAGCAAGGGUUGGCGGCAAGGAGCCGGAGCAGGACUGCGUGGUGUCCUCUGGGGAGGGGGCCAAAGAAGAGCUGCUACAGCAACCUCCGGGGGUGACCGUGCAGUCCGUGGCCCCUGCUGCCGCCUCUGCCCGGGAAGCGAGACUGCCUCCGAGCCUUAGCAUCUCUCCCCAGCCCCAGCCCCAAUGCCCCAGUGCCCAGGCUGCCCGGCCGCAGGAAUCUCGGUGA